CGGUUAUAUUACUGGUUAAUUGCACCACACCAGCAAAAUUAUCGGUUUCUUAAGGCCCAAUUGACAAUCUAAACAGAACUGUACGUGUGAGCUUUCAUUCCUUUCUUACUUAAAGAACUUAUGAUUUGUGCGGUGUAUAUGCGUUGAAUUCUACGCUAACUCUUCUUGUAUUGGAGGAAAGUCAUAUGAAAACAAUUGCGUAUGUUGACACCAUAAAUUGUAAACAACUUUCAACGGCGCUGCUUUGAAUUCGAACGGCGUUGCCAAGUUAGUCAAAUCAGAUGAUUUCGUAUACUAUGUUUACUGUGGCGAAAGUAUAAGUUGUAUUUGGAAGUGAUAACUAGAUAAGAAAAAUAGUGCUCAGGAUUUGUUCCUCAUAUAUUUUCCUAAUUUGGUUGGCUAUCACUAUUAAACUUGAAUAAAAAUGAUGUCACGUACACUUAAAUGCCUGCAACUACAAUUCAAUGUUAGUACAAUUUUAGGAUCUAGUGCAAACAAAAUUACAAGUAGUGCGAGAAAGCUAUCCAAUCUUCAUCGGUCGCAGAAGCCCCAUCAACAAUUGUUGGUAAAAUUCCUACGCCCGCUUUCAAUUCAAACGCAUGCGCCUGAUACGAAAUAUGUAAGUGCGUCAGGCGAUGGGGCUCCUGACUUCAUGGCAUUAUUUCCAGAUAUUGUACGUGAACUCACCGACGAAAUAAGGAGCUUAAAAGCAGACGAGGCCGCAAGCUGGAACGAAAAGGCCUUGGAGUACAAUGCAAUAGGCGGGAAAAAGAGUCGUGCUUUUCUUGCUAUUUCAACCUACAAAAAUCUAGUCAAACCCGAAGAGCUCACGCCAGAAAAUCUUCAAUUAUUACACUAUCUGGCAUGGUGCAUUGAAAUGUUACAAUGUUUCUUCCUCAUAACUGAUGACAUUGUGGACGACAGCAUUACACGUCGUGGUCAAUUGUGCUGGCACAAAAAGAAUGAUGUUGGCAUUAUAGCUGUCAACGAUGCUAUGAUGAUUGAAAAUGGAAUAUACGCACUGCUGCGUAAACAUUUUCGCCAUUUGGAUUGUUACGUUGAUUUACUUGAACUAUUUCAUAAAAUAACUUUUAUUACAACCUCGGGACAAUCAAUGGAUAAUAUUUAUGCAAAUAAAAAAGUAACCGAUUUUAAUAUAGACAAAUACAAUGUAAUUAGUGAUACAAAAACUGGCUACUAUUCUUUCUAUUUUCCGGUAGCAGUGGCUUUCCAUUUGGCAGGUGUAAAGAACAAAGCGGUAUUUGAGGAAUCAAAAACUAUUCUUUUAGAAAUGAGUCAUUUAUUUCAAGUACAAGACGAUUUCAUCGAUUGUUUUGGUGAUUCUGAUAUAAGUGGCAAAAUCGGCACAGAUAUACAGGACAACAAAGCUUCUUGGUUGGCUGUAAUGUGUAUGCAGAAAGCUAGUCCCGCACAAAGAGAGAUAAUGGAGGAAUGCUAUGGACAAAAAGAUGCUGAAAAAGUCGCGCGUGUUAAAGAACUUUACAAAGAAUUGGAUCUUAUCAACCACUACCAUGUGUAUGAAGAGAGAAAAUACAACGAUAUUAAAAUGAAAAUUCAACAAGCGUCCAAUGGUGUACCCAAAGAUGCCUUUUUAUCUUUAUUAAACAAAUUCUAUAAACGACAAGUCAGGUCAUGGAGAAAAAUGUAUUAUAUUCUUCGAAAAUGGCGGCAAAUACAACCAGCUUUUGUAAACGCAGUCACUGUGGAGAGUAACAUUAGCAACAUUAGCAACAAUAACAACAAAUCGUACUGUUUUCCUUCCACGUCACAUCGCUAUGCAUCAAAUCACUCCGGAACUAAAGUUACUAAACCAUCACCUACUCGGGAGGCGCCCCUAAACUACAUCGGAAAUAAAAUAAGCCGAUCACCAGCAUUGGAACAAAAUUUUGGAUUAAUUUCUAGACGAUUGAUGUCAAAAGAUGAAAUACGAGAUUUCGAUGCCGUAUUGCCAGAUGUUGUGCGCGGCCUUGGCUCUAUAGCUGAACGAUACAACAGCAAAGAAGCGGGGCAACGGUUCAGGAAGUGUCUGCAGUAUAAUUUAUCACUUACAAAUUACAAAAAUGGCCUAAUCCCCAUUUUGACAUACAAAAGUGCAGCAAAAGACGAGCAAAUAAAUGCGGAACAUUUAAGAUUGGCACAUAUGCUUGGCUGGUGUUUUGAAAUGAUGCUGUGGUUCAUACUCAUGACCGAUGACAUAUUGGACAAAAGCACAAGACGUCGUGGUCAAUUGUGUUGGCAUAAGUUGGAGGAGGUCGGUCUCUCCGCCAUAAAUGAUGCAAUCCUGAUAGAGAAUGGAAUUUAUGAGCUUCUCAAGAAACAUUUCCGCCACUUAGAUUGCUAUGUUGAUCUUCUCGAAUUGUUUCAUCAAAACACUUUUAAAUGUUUAUGUGGGCAAUCAUUAGAUUUGCUUCUCACUAAAAGGAAUGUGACUACCUUCAAUAUGGAGACGUAUGAUUCGCUAGUGUUGAAUAAGACUUCCUGUCAUUUUUUUUAUUUGCCUGUUUUUGCAGGGCUUCAUUUGGCAGGAGUUAAAGAUAAGCACGUUUUCGAUGAAUCCCAAAGCAUUUUAUUUGACUUGGGUCAUUAUUCGCAAGUUCAAAAUGAUUUUCAUGACUGUUUCGGUGAAUAUGAAUUCACUGGCAAAAUCGGCACAGAUAUUGAAACUAACAAAUGCUCCUGGUUGGCGGUGAAAUGUAUGGAACUGGCAAACCCACAACAAAAGUCUAUUAUGGCAGACUGUUAUGGGCAUAAUGAUCCUCAGAAGAUAGCGCGCGUUAAGCAAGUUUACGAAGAAUUGGAUAUGCUCAAUAUUUAUGCCAAAUAUGAGGAAGAGACAUGCAACCGUAUUCUUAUGAAUAUCCAAAAUACAUCAGAUGCAGUUCCGCGAGAGAUUUUGACAGAAAUUCUUUGUCAAAUUUAUGACAAUGAUUAUGAAAUUAAGUAAAGACGGGUACCACAAAAGAACAAAUAAGCAAAGAAAUUAGCUACUUGGGAACUAAUUUACGGUUUUGUGGUACUAAUAGUUUAAAAUUAUUUUCCGGACCAUCUUGAG